GGUGUUGGUGUCAUAUAAGGUUUAAGGUUAAUGAUUUUGGCUGCUAGCGUCGUAACUUUGCCUCCAUCACUGAACAACUACCAGUUUACCAAACAGUAAAGCUGCCUCUUCCAUUAUUCAAUUCUGGGUAGCUCGGGAAGUCAAAUCCGAAGCACAAUGACUCUGCAUCUGAUGUAAGCAUCGGAUGCAUCGCAAUCGCAUCUCGUUUUAUCUCUUGCAAAUUCGCGCCCUGGUUGAUGGAAAUUUAAGAGCCCUUUGCAUCCGUUCUUCGCAAGGGGUUGCAUUUGGAAGAAGACCCACUUCUUCUAACGCCGCUAUCUAUAUAUAUGAGAUCGUACGGUUUUACGAAACCAUGUAUUAUGGCUUGAAUCCGUAGUCAAUCCUAUUUCUGAGCAUUAAGACCCAGUCCAAAAUCGGUGAAGGGGAGGCAGGGUGUUUGCGAUGGAGGGGUCCAGCUGUGGGCCUGAGGUCGAUUCUAGAGAGGCUAAGAUUGAAGUGAACUCUGAUGAGAAGAAUUCCGAGAUUGAUUCAGUAUCGCAUCUGGCCCUGGACAUUGGGGGUACUCUCAUCAAGUUGGUGUAUUUUUCAAGGAACAAUAAUUAUUCAUUUGAUGUUAAGGACAAGAGGUUGAUUGACUCCAAUGGGAAUUAUCCUAACAUUAAUGGGAGGCUUCAUUUUGCAAAGUUUGAGACAAGAAAGAUAAACGAGUGCUUAGAGUUUAUUCAUUCCAAUCGGCUUCACCGUGGUGGUCACUGGCAUGACAAGGCUCCUACUAGUUGCAACACUAGUAUUAAGGCCACAGGUGGUGGGGCUUACAUGUUUGCAGAUCUCUUCCAUGAAAAGCUUGGAAUUAGUCUUGACAAGGAAGAUGAAAUGGAAUGUCUUGUGACUGGAGCAAAUUUUCUGCUUAAGGCUGUCCACCACGAAGCUUUCACAUACAUGGAUGGUCGGAAGGAAUUUGUGCAGAUUGACCAUAAUGAUUUGUACCCCUACCUUCUUGUUAAUAUUGGGUCUGGUGUGAGCAUGAUCAAGGUGGAUGGUGACGGCAAGUUUGAGCGUGUUAGUGGAACAAAUGUCGGUGGUGGAACUUUCUGGGGAUUGGGAAGGAUAUUAACAAAGUGCAAGAGUUUUGAUGAGUUGCUGGAAUUGAGUCAUAAUGGAAAUAAUAGAGUGAUAGACAUGCUUGUUGGGGAUAUUUAUGGUGGAAUGGACUAUACCAAGAUUGGUCUCUCAUCAACAACCAUUGCUUCAAGCUUUGGCAAGGCAAUUUCUGGUAAUAAAGAGGUUGAAGAUUACAGACCUGAAGAUUUGUCUAGAUCGCUGUUACGAAUGAUCUCAAAUAAUAUUGGGCAGAUAUCCUAUUUGAAUGCGCUUCGAUUUGGACUUAAGCGGAUAUUUUUUGGAGGAUUUUUCAUCCGUGGCCAUGCUUAUACUAUGGACACAAUCUCCGUUGCAGUUCAUUUCUGGUCUAAAGGCGAGGCUAAAGCAAUGUUUUUGCGGCACGAAGGCUUUCUUGGAGCAUUGGGUGCAUUCAUUAGCUAUGAAAAGCAUGACUCUGAUAUCUUGAUGGAUAAUCAGUUUGCGGUACAAUGCCCAGGUAAUGGGUCCUAUGCAGGUGAUCAAGUUCAAAGCUCACCAGUAGGAGAUUUCAAUUAUGCUGAAAGCAUAGAGUGCAAUGUAUAUGCUGCUUAGCGAUUGUGGUGAUUUCUCCAAAUGGAUUUCUCCACGGAUAAGAGAUUGUAAACAAGACAAUCUGAAGGUGGACUGUCACUGCCAUUUAGGCCACCUAUUCGGCAUGUCUAAUUUAUGCAUAGAUUUAGAAAAUUAGGAUGCAUGUAUUAAUUCUAUUUUGUAUUUUUUUUAUCAUUUAGGGGUUAAUGUGUGGCAAUGUAAAUUAGUUGGUUUAGUCUCAGAGUAUAUAUUUGUAUUUGGGUAGUGCAUGUAGUGGAGAUAGUUAUAAGUGGUGUUUGGUUAUGUUUAAAAUGAGUGGUAUUUUGGAUA